CGCAUUUUCAUUAGUAUCAGCGAGUUAAAACAAAUAAAUUAAACAUUUUCCAUGCUAAAUAACAAGUAAAUUGCAAACGCAACCAGCACCAGCAACGCUGAAGGUGGCGCUACGCUCCUUGGCUGGGCCAGAAAAUGACGGCGCGCAAUCCACAAACAUUGAUGGCACUGCCAAAUGAGGACAAUUUUGAUUUCCUCUUUAAAAUUGUGCUAAUUGGUGAUUGUUGUACGGGUAAAACAUCUAUAUUGCAACGCUUCAAGACGGGCAACUAUGUGGAGCGACAUGGGAAUACCAUUGGCGUUGACUUCUCAAUGAAAACCAUUGAAGUCGAGGGCAAACAAGUCAAGCUACAAAUCUGGGAUACGGCUGGACAGGAGCGCUUUCGCACCAUUACUCAGAGCUAUUAUCGCGCCAACAACGGCGUUAUAAUUGUGUAUGACAUCACGAAGCGUGCAACGUUUGCGAAUCUGCAGAAGUGGAUUGAGGAGGUGCGCAGAUAUACGGCUUCCAAUGUGCUCAUCAUACUGAUUGGCAAUAAAUGUGAUCUCGAGGAGGAGCGCGAGGUGGACUUUGAGGAGGCGCGCCAAAUGUGUCAGUAUAUACCUGAAAUCCUAUUUGUUAUGGAAACAUCCGCCAAGGAGAAUACCAACGUCGAAGAUGCCUUUCGCUGCUUGGCCACCGAACUUAAGCGCCAGCACGAUUCGAACAGUGUCCAGGCCAUAGAUGAUAAUACCGUGCAGCUCGGCCAGAGCAAGCCCCUUAAGAGCUGUAGCAGCUCCUGCAAUCUCACAUAAACAUUGACAUCUCAAUUUUGUUUGUUUUCUUGUUUUUUUUAUUAUUAUUAUUUUCUUCAUUUAUUAUGUGAUCAAGUUUUCGUGUGGCUAUAUUGUAGUAUUUAUAUUUAUAUAUAUAUAUAAUUUUUGUAAUAAUCCUAAA